AUGGAGUUAUCAGUUUAUUAUCAGAAUACCAGGGGCUUAAGGUCUAAAACACAGGAUUUUUAUACAUCUUCACUAAGCUGUUGUGCAGAUAUUAUAUGUCUAACCGAAACUUGGCUGAAUGAAGGGAUUCAGGAUGGAGAACUAUUUGAUUUAAAUACUUAUGAAGUUUAUCGUCAGGAUCGUAAUUUAGCAACAACCGGGAAAAAAGAUGGCGGUGGAGUGUUAAUUGCUGUUAAUAGGAAGCUCUCAUCUAGGUCUGAAGCUGCGUGGACAUCUCCAGGAAUUUGUGAAGAUAUGUGGGUGUCAGUGUCUCUAAAUCCAAGUGUAAGACUACAUGUGUGUUGCGUCUAUGUGCCACCCUACGCCACGGAGCAAAAUCUAAUGGCUCAUUUGAAUACUUUAUCUAAUAUUGUUGAAUCGCGCCCUGAUGAUCGCUUUCUAAUCGUUGGUGAUUAUAAUGUGCCCAAAAUUUUGUGGACUCUUAACAAUUCAAGAAAUUGUUUUAUUGCAACCGUUGUUCAUGAUCGCCUUGGAGAAUGUCUUGUUGAUGGUUAUAGUCUCCUCAACUUCAGUCAAUACAAUGGAGUGCGUAAUUGCAACGGUAGGUCGUUGGAUCUAGUUUUUAGUUCUCUUACUGAUGUCAAGGUUACGACGUGUGAUUUGCCUUUUGUAGAAGAGGACUUGCAUCAUAAAUCUCUGAAUAUUGUUGUCAAUAUCAAUGAUGAGUGUAGAUUAAAAAAUGGUACCUCUUAUUCUAAAUUUAAAUUUCACCAUGCUAAUUAUGAUAUUAUUAACAGGGAAAUUAAUGACAUAAACUGGCAUAAUUUGUUUUUGGAUAUUGAUGUCGAUGCCGCAGUGAACCGUUUUUAUAGUAUUAUUCACCAGAUCAUACGGCGCUUUGUCCCCCAAAAAAAGAUAAAUAAUAAAUUUCCCUUAUGGUACUCAGCAAAUACGAAAUCCUUAAUUAAAGAAAAAUAUAAGUUUCAUCGGCGUUGGAAAAGGUUUCAAAAUAAUUUGGAUUAUGUAAAUUUUUCUAACGCUAGAAAAGCCGUAAGACUCGCUAUUAAGAAGGAUUAUCGCGAUUAUGUCGCUAACACUGAAAAUAACAUAAAAAGCAAUUGCAAGUCAUUUUGGUAUUUUGUAGCAAAUAAAAGGCAAAAUAAUAAAUUACCCAAUACAAUGUCAUUUAAUGGAAACGUUUUUUCUGAUGAUGAGAAUAUCUCCAACGCUUUCUCUUCUUAUUUUGGUAACCAUGGUAAGGAAGAAGAAGGAGCGAACAAGAGCUAA